AUGGUUCCUUCGUCGCCAUUCAUAUCUCUGGAAGAGAUCGACGUCCGUGGGGAAAAGCCAAGCCCGAAAGGUUGCGACCGCGAUCUCGAACAGGCAGACGCUGAGCACCGCCAGCACCAAACCAUGCCAGAACAACAUGUUCUCACUGGACUCAUGCACGAAGUUCCAUCGGACAUGAUAGAUGCCUUGACCUGA